AUGACGAACAAGAAAUCGGGAAAGACAUUCAGACAAGGGGAAUGUCGCUCAGCUCGAAACGCGGCCAAAACUUCAAGCGAACCAGGUAAAUCUCAACUCCCUGAGAUUGUCGAGGAAUCUAAGCAAAUGGAUACAGGUGAGACGCAUAUGAGCAAGGUGGAUGAGAAAGGGAAUCCUGGAGAAGAAGAGAAAUCAGAUUCUGAUGUGGCUCCACUUCAGAGAACAAAGAGAAAGCCACAUUCUAGAAAGGAUUCAACAGCUUCGUCACAAUCAACACAACAUGUCGCGUCCGAUUUACCUAAAGACAAAGACAGUCAAGAUCUCUCUGAGAAGAACUUGGGUGAAGACAAAGUGCAAACAGAGACGGCCCCGAGAAAGGACUUAACUGAAGAACCAACGCAAAUCACACCUGAAAUCGUGAAUCCAAAAGACGCGGAGAAGGAAGAUGAAACUGAAAUGCAAUCGCGUGCACCUGAGGUAUCUCUGCCUCACCCGAAAGCUAAGGCAAGAAAUGUCACUCGGAAGCGCAAAGGCAAUUCAGCACAUGGAAGAAGCGCUCAGAAAAGGAAGACAACUCGGAAAGGAAAAGGAACGAGUGAUGAAGGUCCUUCAGAACCAUCUGUCACACCCAGUGAAACAGGUGUGAAACCUCUUUCUGAUAGAUUCUUAUCUGUAGAAACUAAGAAGAGGUUUGACAAGUUUAAAGGAGUAGAUGUAAUUGCUGAACGCAAUGUCAAUGUGAUGGAUUUUCGGAAAAAUCGCAUUUGGACUCUGUUUGAAGAAAGGCAACUGACGGGGACGAUGAUCUAUGCAUGUGCAUUUAGUAAAAUGCUUGUUAGAGAGUUUUAUGCGAAUCUCACUCAACGCACUGACAUCCCUGGAGACUUCUUGCAUCACAAGGCCUAUGUGAGAGGUAGAUUUAUUGAGUUUUCUCCAACAGUUAUCAAUCGGUUGCUGGGAACACCUGAUAAUGCCUUACAAGGAUUGGAAGAUUUACCUGAAGGAACUUCACUUGAAGAUUUGGAGGUAGCUCUCACUGGAGAGUAUCUGGCAGAAAGGAAUGGGAAGAUUCCCAUAACAUGUCUCAAGUUUGAAAGUCGGGUUAUGCAACUGAUUGGAAAGACAAAUUGGUUACUGACUCGAAGAUCUGAUGUGAUUCAAGAUGAGUUAGCACUACUGAUAUUCAAGCUGUUGAGGAAAGAGGAUGUAAAUCUUGGCCGCAUCAUCUACAGUCACAUACUGUCUCGAGCUGCUGAUAUGAGAAUGCGUUAUUUGCUGCCUCACCCCUGCCUCAUCCAGAGCAUUAUUGUCCGACAAAGUCCAGAGAUUCUUGCUGAUUCGGAGAUCACUGAAGUAAUUCAGCGACCAUUGGUCAUUGAAUCCAGAGUACAACAGGCUAGGAUGAGUCGAACACAACUCUGUAGCAAGGCGUUUACUAUCCUCAUAAAACAUGACAAGCAGUUACUUCAAGUGGAACAACUACAGAGGAAGAACACUAAAAUCAUAGCCCAAAUUCGUGCUCGUCAACACGCUCUUUGGGAGGAGUUUCAGAGGGGAGAAAGUGAAGGUGGAACACCCUCAUCAAGUGCAAAAGACAAAGGCAAAGGAAUAAUGGGUGAGGAUGACGUGUCAAAUGAAGCUGAAAAUGAGGAGGAAUGA